GCCAGGAGCCCGGGCACCUGGGUCUGCGAGGCGCGGGGCGCCCCGACUGCCUGCCUCCCCGCCAUCCGCGCGCCCCCAAGCUCAGCGGGCGAGGCCCCGGUCCUCCGCAGCAGCCGCCGCGCCAUGCUCCACCUUAGCGAGUUUUCUGGCCCCGACACGCUUCUGGUCAAGUCCGCCGACGAGGGCUGUUGCUCGGAAUCCAGCACCGAAUUGCCCCGGCUGCCCGUCAGGGACGCGGCCGCUGGCUACCCUGGAGGCGACUUCUUGAGCUGGGCUUUGAGCAGCUGCAGCGCCGGGGGGGAUUUAGCCGACUCCUGCUUCCUGGAGGGGCCUGCGCCCACACCCCCUCCCAGCCUCAGCUACAGCGGUAGCUUCUUCAUCCAGGCAGUGCCCGAACACCCGCACGACCCGGAGUCACUCUUCAACCUCAUGUCGGGCAUCCUGGGCCUGGCACCUUUCCCUGGCCCGGAGGUGGCAGCAUCC